UCAAACUAUGAAGAAAUGCACAUAAUUAAGCAAUGGGUUAUAAAAACUAAAAGUCGCCACUAUUGAUUAAAAUGUACUGUAUUAAUUAGGGAUUAAAGACUACAAGUGGUAUGUGUUUUUUCUCCAAGUGUAAGACAGACAAUACGUAAUGGUCGUCUUUUUUAAUUCAUCAAGUUUUGUUCAUAAAAAGGAAAAGUAGAGAGCAAAGAUAACAAGAAGAGAACCAAGCAACGUUUCUCUCUUAUUCCCUGGUCUCUUUGUUGUUUUCUACAAGAAUCUGAGUGAGGAAGUUUUUUGCUUGGAGAGACAUUUUCUUAUGACGGGGAAACGAUCUAAGACUACUUGCAUAUCUGCUUCUCACAAACUAUUCAAGGAUAAGGCCAAGAACCGUGUUGAUGAUCUGCAAGGGAUGCUAUUGGAUCUUCAGUAUGCAAGGAAAGAGAGCAGCGCUACUGAUGUGAUACUGCUUGAGGAGCAAGUGAAUCUGAUGCUUUGCGAGUGGAAGUCAGAGCUCAACGAGCCAUCUCCAGCAUCAUCCUUGCAGCAACAGGGUCAGGGUGGUACUCUGUGGUCUUUCUCAUCAGACAUUUGUCGGCUGCUGCAGCUCUGUGAUGAGGAAGAUGAUGCAACAAGCAAAUUAGCUGCUCCCAAGCCCGAGCCUACUGAUCAGAAUCUUGAACCAUAUGGUCCAUUGGCUGAUCACUGCAAAGAUCCUUUCUUAGUUGUUGGCAACAACUUUGAUGGAACCGCUCAUUUGGAUUACAACCAGUAUGAUCUGCAGCAAGAGUUUGAACCAAGCUUCAAUGGUGGUUUCAAUGAUCGUCUCGGUUAUGGUGUAGAGGGUGGUUCUUUGGAUAUCUCUGCUUUCAUCCCUUCUAUCUGUCCUCAACUCUCUGCUUUCUUGGGUCCAAAAUGUGCUCUUUGGGACUGUCCCAGACCUGCUCAAGGACUCGACUGGUUCAAGGAUUACUGCAGCAGCUUCCACGCUGCACUGGCUUUCAAUGAAGGUCCACCGGGUAUGAAUCCCGUUGUGCGUCCUGGAGGCAUUGGCCUGAAAGAUGGUCUGCUUUUUGCUGCUCUCAGCGCAAAGGCUGGAGGGAAAGACGUCGGUAUUCCCGAAUGUGAAGGAGCUGCAACUGCUAAAUCUCCAUGGAAUGCUCCAGAGCUCUUUGAUCUCACGGUUCUAGAGAGUGAGACACUAAGGGAGUGGCUAUUCUUUGACAAGCCAAGGAGGGCCUUUGAGAGCGGGAACAGAAAGCAAAGAUCUUUACCGGAUUACAACGGUCGCGGCUGGCACGAGUCACGCAAACAGAUCAUGAGCGAGUUUGGAGGGCUGAAGAGAUCUUACUACAUGGAUCCACAGCCUCUCCACCAUUUCGAAUGGCAUCUUUACGAGUACGAGAUCAACAAGUGCGAUGCUUGUGCCUUAUACAGGCUCGAGCUUAAGGUGUUUGUUGAUGGGAAGAAGAACUCAAAAGGUAAAGUAUCAACCGACUCUGUGGCUGAUCUGCAGAAACAGAUGAGAAGACUCACCGCUGAGUUCCCUCAAGAAAACAACAACAACAAACGCUGCAACAAAGGAAAGCCAAAAGUGAGCACAAAAGUGGCGACCAGGAAUGUUCAGAACACAGUGGAGCAGGGCAAUGACUAUGGAGUAGGUGAAGAGUUUAACUAUCUUGUCGGAAAUCCAACUGGCUAUUAUAUCGCCUGAAAAGAAAACUAAAGAAGAACCUCAGGUUUUGAAAGACAGCUUACCAUUUAAUCUGGCAGCAGCAGAAGAAGCUUCUACAUGACUCGUAUUUUAAUCUUUACUUAAAUAACUAUAGUUAUCUCUAUCCAUGGAGAUUAUAUGUAUAUAUAACAAGGAGAUGCAUGACUCUCCUGGAGAUUGAGAGCUUGUUUCUUCUAACCUAAAGUCUUUUGAUGCAUUUUUGACUCUCUUCUGCGAUAUAAUGCAGAAGAUGAAUUAUGUAACCGAUGGGGUAUACGGUU